CAGAAAGUUUAAAUUUCUGUUUAUUUCCACAGAAUGGCUCAAACAAUAGCUGGAGGAUACAUGGAGGCACGGGAGGCCAGCAAGGAAAUUCAGCAAAUCUGUGACAAGGUUAAGUGUGACGUGGAGCGAAAGACAAAUAAGAUGUAUGGAGUAUUCAAAGCUGUUCAGUACAGGAGUCAGGUGGUGGCAGGAGUCAAUUAUCUCAUCAAGGUUCACGUUGGAGGACACAGUUACCUUCAUCUGAAGGUCUGGAAAAAGCUUCCAAGUUAUGGAGGAGAAGUUGUGCUUUUUAAUGUCGAACAAAACCGCCAAAAAGAAGAUCCCAUCAUACCGUUCUAA